GAUUAUGGAUUUUUUUUUUUUUUUUUAGCUAUGAAGGACCAAGCACCUCUACCCCUAGUAAGAGGCAGAGGAAGAAGCUUCACUUGAUUGCCCCUGCGCUGUCCAGUAUUGGAUGUCCAUCAAGUGGAACACUUUCAGACCGAAGAAGCCAUUGGAUUUUUGGAGAGCACCAUGGAUGCCUCUGAAGGUCUAGAGAACAGUCUUCAAAAUAUGAGUGUCCAAGACAACGCAAUAAUAGAUGAACAUGAGUUUAAUGACCUCAGGAACAGUGUGAUGGGUGGGGCGCUGCACCAACCCACAUGCAUUGACAGUAUGCCAAUAAUCUCAGCGAAUGAGACGGUUCAUGACAUCCCUGACAUAGACCCUCCAUCAAUUGACCCAACACCCCCCACUCAAACACCCAUCUUUCCUACUCCACUCGAGGUCAUCACUGAGGAUGACCUAAUAGGAAAACGGGCAUCCAUCACCUAUGAGGACAGUCUAAAGCAGCUAGCAACAUUCCUCAUGCUGCCAGUGCAGAGUUGUCCAUACAGGUGCAAUAUAACCAAUGUGGACUGCCUAUGCCUUUCCCCCUUUGAGGUCUCCAUCACUUCCAGGGGUACAGCAAGCAUCCUCAAAUGGACCUGUCCCAUUGGUCAUAUUGUUUGGAGGUGGAGCUCACAGCCUACAGUGAAAUACGGGAUGCUAGCAGGGGAUUUCAUGUUGGCCACCAACAUCUUACUGUCUGGGAGCAACUAUUCCAAAGUUGCUCUUCUUUUAAAAUUCAUGAACAUGGGGAUGGUCGACCACAGCUCUUUCUUCACUAUCCAGGACACCUAUUGCGUGGACACCAUAAAGGAGUACUGGACUGAUAAACAACAAGUAAUAGUACAGCGCCUAAAAACAAAGAUGUGGUGAUCAUCGCGGAUGGAAGAAUGGACAGCCCUGGGCACUGUGCCCAAUACUGCACCUACACCGCCAUGGAAAACGAGUCCAGAGAAAUACUCUCCAUCAUCAACAUAGACAAAAGGGAAACGCAGAGAAAUUCUGUUAUCAUGGAGAAAGAGGCAUUCAUCCGAACGGUGGACAGACUUAUGACUGAGCUGAAGCUCGUCGAAGUUUGUACAGAUGCCCAUGUUCAGAUCUCUGCUCUCAUGAACAAAGGAAAGUACAAAGACUUGGGGCUGCGGCACAGCCUAGACAUGUGGCAUGGGGCCAAGAACUUGGCCAAAAAGAUCCACACUGCAGCACAGAUCAAAGGCCAGUCUAGCCUGAUCCAUUGGUUGAAGGACAUUGUUAACCACUUUUGGUGGUGCGGCAAAAUGGCUGACUCGUCCCACGACUUCCUUGUGCUGUGGAUGGGACUAUUGCACCAUGUGACCAAUGAACACAGGUGGGUGCAGGGGAACUGCCAACAUGAGCCCAUGGAACACGACGGGACAAAGCAGUGGUUCGUAAGAGGCUCAAUGGCUCAUGAGGCUCUAAAGGGCAUUAUGAGAAACAAGCGGUGGCUUAAUGAAGUUCACAAGUACCUGAACUUCAGAACGACAGCUGAACUGGAGUCUUUUCAAAAUCACAUACUAAUGUAUGCCAGUAAGCGUUCUGCAUUUAGCCCACCUGCAUUCGAGGCCAGAACCCUGCUGGCAGCCCUGGACUAUAACUACCACAAAGACCGACCGGACAGGAUGAAACCUGAUGGAAGCAAACAGUUCAGGAGACUGUACAAGAAGAAUGCCAGAAGAUACAGUCUUUAUACACUGAAAACAGAGAAGACGUAUGGCUACAUCCCAGAUCUGCAGGCUCGGAUUCUCCUGAAGAGACUGACUGGCAGGGGAAUGCCAAGGCUAAGGUCCCUACGCCCUGAUGACCCCAGGAGGUUUGGCCUGCUUCGUUCAUCAACUUGUAACCAUCACCCUAACGGAUUAAUGUGA